CACAGACUUGAGUAUUCAUAAAUGGUUGGGGAAAGGGCUUGCUCAUCUGGCUGCAAGCUUGCUCAGACAUACUGAGGGAAAAAAAAGUGUCUCUCAACUGAUGUUAUUUUAAUUAUUCAGUCAAGUCACAUUUAUGUUAGGCACAAAAGCAGUGGGAAAAUGUACAAGUGAGCUGAAAUGAGCAUACUCAUAUUCACUUUCCACUGACAGUAGUGGAUAAACAAUGGUAUACAUAGCUCUCUAUCAGUCUGACAUGAAACACCAAGUUCUUGACAGGAUGGUUUCACCAAGCCAAAAACAAAGGAGCCCAAACAGGUCCAUUAAAGCAAAGUGGUUUCUAUGUUUACCAUUUAUUUCUCAUUAUUGUACUUAGUCUAUUAAUGUAACUGCAUCAGGAAAGUCUCAUUUGUCUCCCGGCUCCAGUGUAUGAGCUCCUGAGCAUCUCCUAGGAAAUAAGUGACUGCAAUUUUUCACUUCACAGUGCAGAGUGUGCUCACCUCGCCGCAGGACGGGGCUUGUGCAGCUCUACCCUCAUAUGCAGCAAUGACGCAACUUUGUUAAUCUACCCUGAUGCAUAUUUUCCCCAAGAAGUAUGCUAAAUAUGGCAGAAACUAAAACCAUCCAGCUUGGAGCAGCCUGUGCUGUCACGUUUUUCUUUGUCCUAAUCUGUUGGGCUGAUGCAGCUUCAUUCCAGCAGUACCAGCUGCUUCAAAAAGACCCAGACUAUGUAAUGAAAAACUUACAGAGGCUCCCGAAUCCUGAUAUGAUCAAAGCUUUGGAAUACAUAGAAGAUCUUCGCAAGCAAGCUAACAAGGGAGAAAGCAUCCCUGAUUACAACUCCUUUCAAAGUGUCCCGUAUGUCCUGCAACAGAAAGAAAACAAAGAUCAGGUUCACCUACCAGAAAAUGUAAGGGAUUCUUUGACUGAAGAUGAGUCUCAGUGGGUCAAGGUUAUGUUGGAAGCCUUGCGGCAAGCUGAGAAGGAGUCAAAAGCUGGCACAAAGGAAAAUAAACUUUAUGGUCUGAGCUCAGAUAACAGCUUUCCAGCUGGAGUAACUGAUGAUUACGAGGCUUACAAGUGGCCUGAAAGGUGGCAAAAAUAUCUCAAAAUGCCUUUUGGCCACUAUGAAGACAGUUCAAGAGACAGUCCUUUCAAGCGUACUAAUGAAAUAGUGGAGGAGCAAUACACACCCCAAAGUCUUGCUACACUGGAAUCGGUGUUUCAGGAGUUGGGGAAGAUGGCAGGACCUGGUAAUCACAAGAAGGAGAGGCUGGAUGAAGACCAGAAACUGUAUGCAGAUGAUGAAGAUGAUGUGUAUAAAGUAAAUAACAUUGCCUACGAAGAUGUGGUUGGAGGAGAAGACUGGAAUCCCAUAGAAGAAAAAGUGGAAAGCCAAACCCAGGAAGAGAUAAAAGAUAGCAAAGAGGAAAUUGACAAACAUGAAGAGGAAGUUGAUGAUGAAAUGAAGAGGUCAGGGAAACUCAGCUUCCUUGAGGAUGAAAUGAGAAGAGAGAAUAAAGAUCAAAUGUCAGAGAAUGUUUCAAAGUUAAUGAAUUAUUACCUGAAGAGGCUGAUGGGCAGUGCUGGAAACAGGAAACUAAGGACUGGAGGAGAGCUUGAGGAGAAAAGAGCAGCCUCAAUUUUGGACAAGCAACUCAACCCUCAGUCUAUAGCUCAGUUAAUAGAAAUGUCAAGGAAUUUACAAAUUCCUCCAGAGGAUUUAAUAGAUAUGUUGAAAGCUGGGGAGAAAAAACAGCUUCAGAGUGAAAGGUUGGAAGCUGAGCAGGAAGCAGAAUUCCCAGAAGACCUCGAUGAGAUCACUGAAACUAAUCUGGGACAGAGUGACAUAUUUAAAAAUAAUGUAAACUCUAAAAAUGGGUACAUGAAGCAGCCUCUUAAUGCAAUUCCAGAAAAUCUACCUGAAGACCUCAAUAUUGAAGACAUUGUCAGUCUUCUGGGAACUGGCAAUUUAGGUAAUCAGAAUCCCUCCUACUUACUAAAUCGUCUUAAUCAAGAAAAUGAUUUGCCAAGACUGCCUUACAUUCCCAGAAGACUGAAAGGACGCCCAGUUCCCAAAUCUGCGUGGAUUAACGAUUUGGAAAGGCGACAAAUGGAGUACGAGAAACUGGAUGAGAAGGAUGAAGAGCUGGCUGAUUACUUGGCAAAGAUGCUGGCAAAAUAUCCCGAAGUUAUCAACGCGAACCAGAUGAAAAGAGUUCCCGUUCCAGCUUCUGAAAGCGACUUGCAGGAAGACGAGAGGCUGGAGCAGGCCAUCAGAGAGCAACUGAGCCAGCUGGGACCACAGGAGGCUGCGAGGCUGGCUUCACUCAGCAAAAGGCUCUCCAUGGCUGGGGACACCGAUGACACGCAAAACAGGCAGUAUCUGGACGAGGAUAUGCUGGCAAAGGUGCUGGAGUAUCUAAAACAGGAGAAAUCAGAGCUUGAAAGAGAUCACAUUACUAAACGGGCAAUGGAAAAUAUGUAAUUGUUCUCCAAAUAUGAUUUCUCUCCCACGUGUUGACUUCAAUCCCAAUUCAGUUGUGAUUUACUCCCGCUCUCCCACUACACAACUUCUGGUAGACUACUUACCAUUGAACAGUCUGCAUAUCUUUCUCGGAGCUGUUAUCUUGUUUAUUGAUAUACUUAUGUAUGUUAUAAAUUAUGGGGCAAAUAACAAAUUGCUUCAAGUGUUUUAAGAAACAAUUUAAUGAAAUCAAGUAAAACUAUAAUAUGUAAACAAAUGACCUUCGCGUUGUUAAUAAAACAUGAUAAAUGAAGAGUGAGAAUUAUCAUUUGAAAUUUUUAAGAUUAACUGGAUUAUUUUGUUACUGUCUGUAGUGUUUUUUGUGGAGUAUCGAAUAAAAAAAUAAAGCAUUA